CGCAGCACUCCUACAUACAAUCCGACAGAAAUGCGAUUAGCUCUGCGAUGGCUGGCUUUUCUGCUUCCGGCGAUUAUAUUGUUCCUUUAUCUUUAUCGAUCAAACGGCCCCAGUCUGGCUAGUCUGGGUGCCAAGCUCCCAUCGUCGAGCUCCCCACAAUCUCAGUCGCAAAGCGCAACCGGUGCAGCAGAAGAUAAACCACACGCAUCUCAGUCGUCCAACACAAUCGGUGAAUUUUGGCAGAAAUGGAGCCAGAUCAUUUUUGAUGCCCGCCCCAUAUUGGAGUCUCCAAUUAAGCUCGUCGGCGGCGCAUCGACGAGUAAACCAUCCAAGCCGAACAACCCACGAAAACCAUACCGCGACCUUACUCGCGCCGACGAUGCUGACAUAGAGCAUCUACGCCUGUCCCAUGCGCAAUUUGUAGCUGAGCUGGAAGCAUUGAAGACGAAUGGCGACAACCAACUAUUCCAUGGCCGUGGUAUUGUGAUGGUUGGUGGAGGGGAGUAUUUUGGUCCUGCUGUCAUUGGCAUACACAUGCUCCGACGAACCGGCAGCGAGCUACCGGUUGAAGUAUUCGUUCCCAACGAGAGUGAGUAUGAGGCAGAGAUUUGUGGUGGAUAUUUGCCCAAGUUGAACGCGAAAUGCGUGGUGCUGUCGCAGUUCAAAGCCCAGGGCAGCCCACAAAAUCCCCAAGGGUUGGAGAUCGAACAUUACCAGCUCAAGGCCGCCGCGCUGCUGCUCUCCUCUUUCUCCGAGGUUUUGCUACUCGACAGCGACAGCAUUCCCUUGGUUGAACCCAACAAAAACAUAUUCGAGGCGGAACCGUAUCUUUCUCACGGGCUCAUCACCUGGCCCGACUUCUGGGGUGCGACGGAGUCGCCUCGGUUCUGGGAUAUCGCUGGAUUGUCACAUUUCCCAGAGAAAUUGCCGCCAGCAUCUAGCGAGUCAGGCCAACUUGUUAUCAACAAGGAAACACAUCUCGCGUCCCUUCUCUUAGCGACAUACUACAAUAUGUUUGGGCCAAAGAUUUUCUACCCACUCUUGAGCCAGGGAGCACUGGGACAAGGCGACAAGGAGACAUUCAUGGCAGCCGCCGUGGCCUUGAAUGAAAUGCAUUACAGGGUGAAGACUCCCCCGAUGAGUGUCGGCAGAUAUGAUGGCGAGAUGCAGAAAGGGACGGCGAUAGUCCAAUACCUCCCCCUGGACGACUUGGCUCAGAGUCAAAAAAGCUCCAGCGGGACGGUCCGUCCUGCUUUUCUUCACUCCAACACACCGAAGAUGAAUGCCGGCCAUCUAGUCGACGAGGGAGAUUUGAUCGCAGUGGAUGGGAAGUCAAGAUUGAGACUGCUUGGGCCGAAAUCCGACUUGGAGAAACUCUUUGGAUUUGAUGUUGAAGAUACUCUCUGGGACUUACUGGUCCAGACUGGUUGCGAACUUGCUGAUAGCAUUCGCGAAUGGAAAGAUAGAGAUAAACUUUGCGAUAGGCUGACGGAACAUCAUAAGUUAGUAUUUGAUGAAGCCUCAUGAUGUUAAAUAGAAACGACACCAAUAUCCAUCGUUGAUUUAAAUACUACAACAAGAAGUAAAUCAACUACGGCAAAUUUCCCUGGACAAGGUCGGGGUGACCGGUUUGUUAGAUCUCAG